CGGUAUACCUCAACUAAAGCCUCGACCAAGUCGAAAGGCCCCCUCUCAGGCGUCACGGUGGUCAGCCUGGAACAAGCCAUCGCAGCACCAUUCUGCACCAGGCAGCUGGCUGACCUAGGUGCUCGCGUGAUCAAAGUCGAGCGGCCCGGCGUUGGCGACUUUGCACGUAACUACGACACUCGCGUUAACGGCCUAGCUUCGCAUUUCGUAUGGACCAAUCGCUCGAAAGAAAGUCUUGCUCUCGAUCUCAAAAAUCCUCGCGAUCAUCGGACCCUGAUGCGCCUGUUGAGUCGUGCCGAUGUCUUGGUCCAGAACUUAGCUCCCGGUGCUAGUGGCCGACUCGGUCUAUCGCAUGACGCCCUGAAGACCGAUAAUCCCUCCCUGAUCGUCUGCAAUAUCUCGGGAUACGGACCCGACGGACCCUAUCGUGACAAGAAAGCCUACGAUCUUCUCAUCCAAAGUGAGGCGGGUAUGCUCUCCGUUACAGGCACCGGUAAGGAGCCCGCUAAAGUCGGUAUUUCGAUCGCCGAUAUUUCGGCCGGCUGCUACGCCUACUCCAAUAUCCUGGCUGCCUUGAUUCAGCGCGAUCGAGACCCAAACCGACGCGGGUCGAACAUUGACGUUUCCAUGCUGGAGAGCAUGGUCGAGUGGAUGGGCUUUCCCAUGUACUACACGUACAAUAAUGCGCCUGGCCCGACACCAGCCGGGGCCUCUCAUGCGGCCAUCUACCCCUACGGGCCCUUCGAAACGGGUGGCGGCAAGACAGUGAUGCUCGGCAUUCAGAACGAGAGAGAGUGGGCAAAGUUCUGCGACCAGGUGCUGGGUCAGCCGGAAUUAGCGACAUAUGAGCGAUUCGCCAACAAUUCUCUCCGAGUCAAGAACCGUGAUGCCCUCAAGGCUAUCAUCUGUGAAGCUUUCUCAACCCGUUCGGCCGACCAGGUGCUUCAGUUGCUCGAUGAGGCUUCGAUCGCCAAUGCCAGUGUCAACGAUAUGCAGGGUGUCUGGGACCAUCCCCAACUCAAGGCUCGAGAUCGCUGGACAGAGGUGUCGACUCCUUCUGGCAGCGUGCCGGCGUUGUUGCCACCGGGAAUGCAAAAGGGUGGUGGUGGCUUUGAGGUCCGCAUGGAUGCUGUUCCUGAUGUUGGGCAGCACAAUGCUUCGAUAUUGGCAGAGCUUGGUAUUGAGGAUUAG